AUGUUGGAGGAACUCCUGAUCUUCACCCGGGGCGGGCUGAUCCUUUGGACGUGCAAGGAGCUCGGAAACGCACUUAAGGGUUCUCCGAUCGACACGCUGAUCCGAUCUUGUCUCCUCGAGGAGAGAUCCGCCGAUGCGUCCUACGACUAUGAGGCUCCUAGCGCCGGCGCCGCGUACACGCUCAAGUGGACAUUCCACAACGAGCUUAACCUCGUCUUCGUCGCCGUGUAUCAGCGCAUCCUCCGCCUCCUUUAUGUCGAUGACCUCCUCGCCGCUGUGAAGCGCGAGUUCGCCGCCAUAUACGAUCCCCGAAGCGUGGUUUAUGACGAUUUUGAUGGGAUAUUCCGGCAGCUCCAGAAGGAAGCGGAGGCACGGGCAGAGGAAAUGAGGAAGCUGAAGCAGGUUACGGCCAGGGGUUCGGGAAACACCACGAUAAAGAAACAAGGGCAGCUUGCCGGUCAUAAGGUUAGUCAGAGGAGCAGCAGUGACAGUGGCUCGGGGAAGGACGACGCUGAUGGAAAUUUGGUUAAAGCCAAUGGAAUGGUGAAUGGUAAUCACCGUGUGAGCAUGAACGGGAUCAAAGAGUCCCGUGCCCCCGGCGGUAUGGUGAAAACUGACGAGAGUUCCGAUGGGGGGGCUUUUGAUGUAAAUAAGUUACAGAAGUUGCGUUCUAAAGGUGUCAAGAAAACAAAUACAGUCGUAGGUAAGGUUCCAAAAGCGGAGCCAAAGAAGGCGACGAAGAAAAACAGAGUUUGGGAUGAUUCACCUUCCGAGUCACAGCUGGAUUUUACUGAUCCGGGAGAUCAGAGAGAGGAGGGGGAAGGAGAAGUUGUUGCAGCAGUCCAGGGUGAAAGCAUGAUGGACAAGGAGGAAGAGCUGAGCAGUGAUAGUGAUGAUGAGGUGGAUGAGGUACGCGAAAAUACUCAGCCAAGCUCAAAGAAGGGCUGGUUCACAUCAGUUCUGCAGAGGUACGAGUCUUCCUUAUUUAAUGGUUCCUUUGUCAAUGUAUUCCUAUGGUUUUCAUGGCGACAUCUGGGGUCUGCUUUGGGAACGAGGUUCUAGAUGAGGACGGGGCCUUUGGGUCCUAUGGUUUGGAACCCAAGCUCAAAAUGCCUUGCCUUGCUCAACUUGGGGAAACCAUUGUCGCAUUGUUUGUCACUUUCACUGCCUCGUCUGGGGUCCUACUUGACGAAUAUUAAAAGGGAUUAACAAAUAAUGUUCUUAGUUACAUGAUGGGUCAUUGCAGACAAACAUCACAGAAAGCAGAUUAUUAGAAGCAAGCUCACAAAUAAGGAUGCAUUUGUUUUUUCCAAUUUGUAUGUUUUUGAAUCGCUCGUGCAUACAAUGAAUAAAAUUAGAUCGGGAUAGUUUGAUGUGGUAGUAAACGUAGAUGUCUGCAAAUCACGAUACUAAAUGGGAUCUUUGCUUAGCCGGGGAUGCUUUUUACAAAGCAGUAAGCCGGGCAAUUUUGCUUUUUCUAUGCUGCCACAGAUGUUAUAACCUCGGAUGUAUGCAAGUGCGUUUUCUCUAUGCUGAUCGAAUGCCUAAACUCUCUUCCUAGUUUUGGAAAUCAGUUCAAAACAGAUAUUAUUCUUUCUUCCUACACUAGACUAGUCUCGUGCAAUUCUUUCAUCUGAUUCUAUUAGUGCUUGCUUCGAUUGCCAACCUUUGUUCUACUUUGUGUUUCUUUCAGCAUAUCUGGAAACACUGUGUUGGAGAAGUCGGAUUUGAAGCCGGCGUUGAAGGCUCUGAAGGAUCGGCUGAUGACCAAGAAUGUGGUAUGUGCAAUGCUCACUCCGCACCUUUUCUUCCUGCAGAAUUGUAAACCCACUGAGUUGAUCAAGUCUGACGAAUUCUCGCCUCACAACGUUUUUAGGCUGAAGAAAUUGCCGAGAAGCUUUGUGAAUCUGUGGCAGCUAGUCUUGAAGGCAAAAAGCUCGGAUCAUUCACUAGAAUCUCAUCUACUGUUCAUGUAAAUAUCGCCCCUCCCCCCCCCCCCCCCCCUUUAUCUCUCCCUUGGUUUCGUAUCGUCCACAGACAUGCAUAAAAAGGUCAACCUUCUAGAGCCGUUACCCCUGUAACAUCAUCUGGCUGUGGCUGCAGACGGCCAUGGAAGAGGCACUCCUCCGGAUCUUGACUCCCAAGCGGUCCAUCGACAUCCUGAGGGAUGUCCACGUCGCCAAGGAUCAAGGGAAACCCUACGUCAUCGUCUUUGUUGGGGUGAAUGGCGUCGGGAAAUCCACCAAUCUUGCCAAGGUAUAUGCAUAUUUUAAGAAAAGUCCAUUUAGUUAUCUCAUUCCGCGUCAUUUCUCUUGGAUUGAAGUAAUAACAUUUUCCUCUCUAUUUUUCUAGGUGGCGUACUGGCUUCAGCAGCACGAGCUCAAGGUGAUGAUGGCCGCAUGUGACACUUUCCGGUCUGGCGCUGUGGAGCAGCUCCGCACUCAUGCCCGCAGGCUCCAGGUAUCCCUCAUCACUCUGGAAGAAUUUCCCAAAUGUGGCAUCUUUUUAGUCUACGAACCCCUACUUUUCUUGCUAAACCCGUGAUCCAUUCGGGGUCAGAUUCUUAAGAUGGGCAUCUAAGAAAAAAGUUGACUUGACUUGCUUGCCGUGGUGGGAUAAGAUUGCCAUUUUCGUCUUCUGUGACUUGGGGAAGAUUUACCAAGAUGGCAUGAACUCGAGAUUUCCUAGGAUUUCCCAAGAUGGGAACCCUCCUUUCCACGCCCUUGAGAAUUUCUUGAGAUGUAGUUUUUUCAUGUGGCUGCUGCAUCGGGAGAAUUGGAAAGUUCUUCCUCUGAUCCUCUCAUAUAUUCCCCCCUUUGAAAUUUUCUGGUAAAAUGGUUCAAAUGGUGGAUGCUUCACAAUCCUCUACGUGGCUACAUCGUAGACACCGGAAGAUACUCCCUACCUCGAUUUCCUUUCCUCCCUGUCUUUUCUAUGGGUUGAAAACGUGAGGAAAAGACACCUUAUGCUCUUUUUCUCAGGUGCCGAUAUUCGAGAAGGGGUACGAGAAGGACCCGGCGAUUGUGGCGAAGGAGGCGAUCCAGGAGGCCGCUCGCAACCACUCCGAUGUUGUUCUCGUUGACACCGCCGGCCGGAUGCAGGUCAACCCCCUCCUCGUCCGUAAAGGGGAGUCAACCAUUUUUGUUCCUGUCUUUGGUUGACUUUCUGAGGCGUGGGAAUCUUUCAGGACAACGAGCCGCUGAUGAGGGCGCUCUCAAAGCUCAUCAACCUCAAUCAGCCGGACCUCGUGCUCUUUGUCGGGGAGGCCCUUGUCGGGAACGAUGCUGUUGACCAGCUGACCAAGUUUGACCAGGUGCUCAUUUCCCUCCCACCCCCUCCUUUUUAAAAUAAAUAAAUAAAUUGCAACAUGACUGGAUUUAUUGCCACGUGGCAUGUUAUCCUUGAUCUGAUGGUUGGGAUGAAUCGCAGAAACUAGCGGACCUUUCGAUGACUCCCAAUGCCAGGCUUAUCGAUGGGAUCCUGCUCACCAAAUUCGACACCAUUGACGACAAGGUAAGCGCCCGCGUUGACUUUAUCUCCACCCGGUCAACCAUCUCUCUUGGGGUGAUGAUUGCUCACAUCUGGAUCGGGGUGAUGUAGGUUGGGGCCGCUCUUUCCAUGGUCUACAUCUCCGGCUCGCCGGUCAUGUUUGUCGGCUGCGGGCAGUCCUACGCGGAUCUCAAGAAGCUCAACGUCAAGUCCAUCGUCAAGACGCUCCUCAAGUAG